AUGAAAAUUAAAGACAGAUACGGAGGAGAGGGAAAUUCAAGUGAUAUGAGCACUUUCAGUAUUUCAGACAAGAUUGGGUUUGCUUCAGCUGCUACUACAACCUUUCAGAUAAGUGAGCCUCAAAGCCAAAGAAAGCCAUCCACAUGCUGUGCUCGGACUGCCCUUUGCAUCUACCUACUGCUGCUGACGGUCGGCCAGGGGCUGCUGGCAUACAAAGUGUUUAAGAUGGAGGAGGAGAUGUUGAAACGUCAAGAAAAUAAUGCAUCAUAUGCAGAAGGGGUGCUGGGAAGAUCCUAUGCCAACAACCUUCUUUUUGAGGGGGACGUGAGACAUGAAGAAAACUGGAGGAGAAGCAUAGAAGAGGAAAUCAUCAUCAUUAAAAACAGCAAUGCAAACUUGGAGACGAUGAUGAGCAACAUCAGCCUGGUUGCAGGGCCUCCUGGACGCAAAGGAGAUCCUGGUCCACCAGGGCUACGGGGACCACCGGGGACUAAGGGAGACCGAGGAAUCCAAGGCUUACAGGGACUGCAGGGCACGAAGGGGAGUAAAGGAGAUCCUGGCCCUGCUGGCCCAAGUGGUGAACCUGGAGUAAGAGGAGAAAAAGGAGAGAUGGGGCUUGCAGGUGUCCAAGGACAAAAAGGUGAAAUGGGCAAGAAGGGAGAUCCGGGGCCCCCUGGACCCAUGGGUCCUCAGGGAAAACAGGGAGACCAGGGGCUGCCAGGUUUCAAUGGUAACGUGGGGGAGCCUGGACGUCCUGGACAGAAAGGAGAGGCAGGCUCAGCUGGAGAACAAGGCCCCCCGGGAGCUGCUGGCCCCAGCGGCAAACCUGGCCAGAAGGGGGAGAAGGGAGACCUCGGGCCCAGGGGUAGUCCAGGAAUGGCAGGCAAUGCGGGACUCAAAGGUGAAAAGGGAGACAGCGGAUUAGCAGGUAUUCCAGGGCAAAAAGGAACAAAGGGAGACCAGGGCCCACAAGGCAGCCCAGGCCCAAUUGGUCAAAAAGGAAGCAAGGGAGAUCAUGGCAGUUCUGGUCUAAAAGGUGAACGAGGAGUAAAAGGAGAAAAAGGAGACCGUGGACUUCCAGGUUCCCCAGGAACGAAAGGCAGCAAAGGUGAACGGGGAUCAGGUCGCUUCAGCAACUACAUACGAAUCGUGGGUGGUGGCAGGAGGGGUCGCGUGGAAAUCCUUCACAACCAGUCCUGGGGAACGAUAUGUGAUGAUGGCUGGGACAUGCAAAGCGCCUCUGUGGUCUGCAAGAUGCUGGGAUACAGCUCUGCCAUCGCUGCCUUCACUGCGGCAGAAGGCACUGGGCAAAUUUGGCUUGAUGACGUGAAUUGCAGUGGGAAUGAAGAGUCAAUUUAUGACUGCGCAAAAUCCGACUGGGGCACACACAACUGCUCCCACAGUGAGGAUGCAGGGGUGGAGUGUAUCUGA